AUGAAAAGCCCAGGAAACCCACCACAAGAAAAUCUCACUGAAUGGACAGAAUUUGUUCUUUUGGGAUUCAGCGAUGUUCCCCACCUCCAGUGGUUUCUGUUUGGAUUGUUCUUCGUCAUCUAUGUCACUGUGUUGUUGGGCAAUGGCACCAUAAUACUAAUAACGAAAGUGGACCCUUCUCUCCAGACCCCCAUGUACUUUUUCCUUGGCAAUUUCUCCUUUUUGGAAAUCUGUUAUGUGUCAGUGACUCUCCCCAGAAUGCUCAUGAACCUUGCGACCCAGAGAAGAACCAUCUGUUUUGUUGCCUGUGCUGCGCAGAUGUGCUGGGUCCUUAUACUGGGAGCCAUUGAGUGUUUCCUGCUGGCUGUGAUGGCUUACGACCGCUAUGUGGCCAUCUGCAGCCCUCUACACUACCCUCUAGUCAUGAACCACAAGGCCUGCACCAAGCUGGUCAUGGGAUCCUGGGUCAGUGGCAUUCCGGUCCAGGUAGGGCAGACAUUGCUGGUUUUCUCUCUCUCCUUCUGUGGUUCCAACCACAUCAACCACUUCUUCUGUGACAUUCUCCCACUGCUUCAGCUGGCCUGUGGGGAAACCUUCGUGAAUCACUUGAUAGUCUACAUAGUUGCUGUGUUGUUUGUCUCCCUUCCAUUUCUGCUAAUCCUUAUCUCCUACAGCAAAAUCAUCUCCACGGUCCUGAAGUUGCCAUCAGCCACAGGUCAGUCAAAAGCCUUCUCCACCUGUUCCUCUCAUCUUGCAGUUGUGGUCUUAUUCUUUGGAUCAGCCAUUGUUACAUAUUUAAGACCGAAGUCCACUCAAUCCUCAGGAACUGACAAAGUGCUUUCUGUUUUCUAUACUAUUGCAACUCCCAUGUUUAACCCCAUGAUUUAUAGUCUAAGGAAUAAAGAUGUCAUAAUGGCACUGAGGAGAUUAAUAUAUAAAUAA